GGGGGAUCGUAAAAGCUAAAUUGGAUGAAGAUGUAUGUCGUCGUGUCUCUGCAACAAUCAAUUGCUUGUCGUCAAUCGGAGAUGGAAUAUUGCAUGAUUUGAUUUCUUCUCUAGCAUUACUCAAUUACCAAUCUCCAUAUCAAUAAACCCUCAUUUCGUCCUGUAAUCAUUCUUCUUCUUCUUCCCCAAUCCCUCUCAUAAAUCAUCUCUUUCACUAUUCAAGUUCCAAGAACAUUGGUAAACCCUCUCUAGAAGCAGAGGACACCCUCCUCUUCUUCAAUCCUAACAAACACCAUGGCAAAUGUUUCCGUCGCUGCUGAGUGGCAGCUCCUCUACAACCGCUACUACCGAAAACCGGAGCUCUACCCGAUGAGAUGGAAACAUGUUGACUUGGGACGCAACAAGGUGGCGUGUGCGCCAUUCGGUGGCCCAAUCGCCGUGAUCCGUGAUGACUCCAAAAUUGUGCAGCUCUACGCCGAAUCUGCCCUCAGAAAACUCCGCAUCUUCAAUUCGGCUGGCCUCCUUCUUUCCGAGACGGUCUGGAAGCACCCCGGUGGACGUCUGGUGGGGAUGUCGUGGUCGGAAGACCAAACCCUAAUAUGCAUUGUCCAGGAUGGUACCAUCUUCCGGUACAACAUUCACGCCGAGCUCAUUGAACCCAAUGUCUCAAUGGGAAAAGAGUGCUUUGAGCAGAAUGUGGUCGAUUGCGUCUUCUGGGGAAACGGCGUCGUCUGUGUUACAGAGGCUGGACAGCUGUUUUGCGUGCCGGAUUUCAGGACCAUGAAGCCUUGCAAGUUGGCGGAUAUCCCGGGGAUGGCGGAGGAUGCUCUUCUCUUGCCCCAUUGCUUGGCGGUGAUGGAGCCGCAGUACACGAUGUCGGGGAAUGUGGAGGUGCUGGUUGCAAUUGGGGAUGGGAUUGUAAUAGUGGAGGAGGAUGGGGUGCAGAAUGUUGAAAUGGGGGACUUGAUGGGGCCGGUGCAGAAGAUGGUGGUUUCUCCCAACGGCAAGUUUUUGGCGCUGUUUACACAUGACGGCCGGAUCAUUGUUUCGGAUAUGAACUUCAAGAAUCUUGCUAUUGACUAUAAUUGUGAGUCAGCUCUUCCUCCAGAGCAGAUAGCAUGGUGUGGAAUGGACAGUGUGCUUCUUUAUUGGGAUGAUAUGUUACUGAUGGUGGGUCCUUAUGGUGACCCAGUUCGAUAUUUUUAUGAUGAGCCAGUAAUUCUCAUCCCAGAGUGUGACGGUGUUAGGAUACUAUCUAACACAAGCAUGGAGUUUCUACAAAGGGUUCCUGAUUCUACUGUAUCUAUUUUUAAGAUUGGAAGCACAUCUGCUGGGGCUUUACUGUAUGAUGCUUUGGAUCAUUUUGACAGACGAAGUGCCAAGGCAGAUGAAAAUUUGCGAUUGAUACGCUCAUCCUUGCCUGAGGCAGUUGAAGCUUGUAUUGAUGCAGCGGGUCAUGAGUUUGAUGUUACACGACAAAGGACACUACUAAGAGCUGCAAGCUAUGGUCAAGCCUUCUGUAGCAAUUUUCAACGAGAUCUUAUUCAAGAGAUGUGUAAAACUUUGCGGGUCUUAAAUGCUGUACGUGAUCCUGAGAUUGGCAUUCCUCUUAGCAUCCAGCAGUAUAAGUUACUCACAGCAUCUGUUCUGAUUAGCCGUUUAAUUAAUGCCCAUCAACACCUUCUUGCUCUGCGGAUAUCAGAGUUCCUUGGAAUGAAUCAGGAAGUGGUGAUAAUGCACUGGGCCUGUUCAAAGAUUACAACUUCAUUGGCAAUUCCAGAUGUCAUGCUUCUCGAAAUCUUGCUUGAUAAGUUUCAGCUUAAAUUAUGCAAAGGAAUAUCUUACGCUGCGGUGGCUGCUCAUGCGGAUAAGAGUGGCCGGCGGAAAUUAGCUGCUAUGCUUGUUGAGCAUGAACCACGUUCUUCAAAACAGGUUCCUCUGUUGUUAAGCAUUGGAGAGGAAGAUACAGCUUUGACGAAAGCAACUGAGAGUGGUGAUACCGACCUCGUUUAUCUUGUUAUUUUUCAUAUUUGGCAAAAGAGGCCACCGUUGGAGUUUUUUGGAAUGAUUCAAGCGAGACCUCUAGCACGAGAUUUAUUUACAACAUAUGCACGGUGUUAUAAAUAUGAAUUCCUGAAGGACUUCUUCCUCUCCACAGGACAACUUAAUGAGGUGGCUUUCAUUUUGUGGAAAGAAUCAUGGGAGCUAGGAAAAAAUCCAAUGGCAAGUAAAGGAUCUCCAAUGCAUGGUCCACGCAUAAAACUAAUUGAAAAGGCCCAAAACCUUUUUGCAGAAACCAAGGAGCACACCUUUGAGUCUAAGGCUGCUGAAGAGCAUGCUAAGUUGUUGAGGAUACAGCAUGAGCUGGAAGUUACAACGAAACAAGCUAUUUUUGUUGAUUCAAGCAUCAGUGAUACAAUACGUACAUGUAUCGUUUUGGGAAACCAUCGAGCUGCAAUGAAAGUGAAAAAUGAAUUCAAGGUUUCAGAGAAAAGGUGGUAUUGGCUUAAAGUAUUUGCUUUGGCCACGAUCAGAGAUUGGGAUGCUUUAGAAAAGUUCUCAAAGGAGAAAAGGCCACCAAUAGGCUACCGGCCUUUUGUUGAGGCAUGCGUUGAUGCAGAUGAGAAAGGUGAAGCACUAAAGUAUAUCCCAAAGCUUGCAGAUCCUAGAGAAAGAGCUGAGGCUUAUGCUCGGAUUGGGAUGGCUAAGGAAGCUGCUGAUGCUGCGUCUCAAACAAAAGAUAGUGAAUUGCUUGGGCGAUUGAAAUUGACUUUUGCACAAAAUGCAGCGGCUUCAUCAAUUUUUGAUACUCUUAGAGAUCGAUUGUCCUUCCAAGGCGUUUCUUAGUAUACGUUUCCUGAUGUACCAGUUGCAGUUUCAGUUUACCAGGUGUGCAUAGUUUUCUCAGAUCACAUUGGGCUGGCUGAUUUGAGAGUAUACUUUUCCUUAAGGGCAUCAUGUUUGUACCAUUGAGCCUCCGAAAGAUAUCAUUCAGUUUUUUGUGUUGUUUAUACAUAAUCUAAAGGGUGUACAGCAAAUGAAAUGGUUUUGAGUUACAAGACCAUGGUUGCAGUUUGAUGCUGUGUGAGUUUUGCUCUUUCCUUGAAAUAUGGGGAAAAAGCAGACUAGCCAAUGUGAAGUUCAAUUUUAUUUGUGUUUUUGUGCUCA